ACUACCUUACCCGAAGGCUAUGCCAUAAGCGACCAGAUUCCAAGCCCAAAUCUUGCCUUUUAAGCUACUUUGUCAGAUUAUUAGAUACAUCUGUCCCCCCGCCAUCGCUCAUCUCCGCUCCGGCCGAAUGCACACCAGCCCACCCGCACUCCACCACGCAGACACUGAUGGCAGCGGCUCAAGAAAACGACGACGCCCCGCCCUUUCAUGCGUGGAGUGCCGUCGCCGAAAGGUGAAGUGCGAUAGGGAGAAGCCAUGUGGGCCUUGCACGCGUACCAAGUCACCUAUGUGUACGUACCGACCGCAUCCGCGAGACAAUGAGCGUCGGGUGGAAUUGUCCGCUGCUUCGGGUAGCAGUAUUACCGGACAGGGUGGUCUCUCAUCACAGCCUUCGCCUUCGCCUCAACAGGCGGACUUUGACGCCAUGGUUAAUCGGUAUAUUGCACCAGGUAUUUUCGGGGUGAGUGGGAAGGAUACGUUGGCACCCCUGUCUAAUAUGCCUGGGGUGGGUGGGAGAGAGGACGUGGCCGAGAAGCUCGCAGAUAGGGUCCGGGAUCUGGAGCUGAGGCUGGCUACGGUUACGCAGCGAGCAAGUCAGACUAGUAGUCUCCCAUUGCGGGAUUCUACGGUCGGAAAUGAAUUGGCUGGACAGUUUGUGAAGUCGAGGUUCUAUGGGGAGAGUCAUUGGAAUAACUGCCUCGAGCCUUAUGACGCACUCGGCCACAUCAACAUCACCGUCAACUCGAACACCAACAGAACGGAAAUCAACAAGUCUUCCGAACUUUAUGCUGCCGUUGCCGAUUGCAAAAGAAUGGCUCGCACGAUCAAGGCCUCCCGCAUGCUGCACCUUUCGGUCUCCCAGGAGGUACAGGAUUCCAUUCCGCCGAAGGAAACCUGCGACCAGCUCGUUCAAGCCUACCUGCGGACCUUCGAAGCGGUAUUCCGGGUUCUACAUGUCCCUUCCUUUAUGAAAGAGUACGGAAGCUAUUGGAGCAAUGUCGCCUCAGCUAAACCGUCGGUCUUGCUAAAGAUACUCUUGGUGUGCGCCAUAGGCGUCCCUUUUUACACUGGCUCAGAUCAGCCCCAUCUCCGCGUCUCCUGCACCAAGUGGAUCCAAGCUGCAGAAUCCUGGCUCAGCGCACCGCACGAGAAGUCUCGGCUGAACAUGGCGGGUCUACAAAUCCAAAUUCUACUCUUACUCGCUCGUCAGGUAUGCAGCGUCGACGGCGACCUUAUUUGGGUUCCUGCGGGAACACUGCUUCGAAGUGCAAUGCAUCUGGGUCUUCACCGCGAUCCGGGCCAUUUUUCAAAGAUAUCGGUGUUCCAUGCGGAAAUGAGGAGGAGGUUGUGGGCAACGGUGAUGGAGAUUACCGUGCAGAGCAGCUUGGAUAUGGGGAUGCCGCCGAUGGUCACGUCGCAGGACUUUGAUACGCUUCCCCCGUCCAAUGUAAACGACGAUGAUAUCAGUGACGCGGACUCGACGCCGCUAGAGCCGAAGCCGCUCAGAGAGCUCACCCAGACGUCUAUUCAAAUCGCGCUCUGUGAGACGUUAUCGCUGCGUCUCGACAUCGUUCGCUUGAUUAACAAUCUUCGCUUCUCGCUCUCCUACGACGAAACUCUUCGCCUGGGAUCGGAACUUCUCUCAGCCUGCCGGCAGAACGCACAGCUUCUACAGUCCUUCCUCGCUUCGUCCGAACCAAGCAUCAGCGCCUACCAAGUCAAGCUUUUCGAUACGCUUGUCCGGCGCUUCGUGCUCUGCCUGCACCGUCCAUUCUACGCGAAAGCCAAAGACGAUCCUAGAUACUAUUACUCGCGAAAGAUUUGCCUCGACACUGCGCUGAGUAUAGCCGCCCGCGCACCUCAAUCCACGGAAGGAGAAGAUGAUGAUUGGAUGAGACUGACAUAUCGAGGAGUAGGAUUCAUGAAGAGUUUCCUCCUGCACAGCGUCUCUAUUGUAUAUUUGGAGCUCGUAUCCCAGCUUGAGGAGCAGCAGCAGGAAGUCUUGUCUUUCACUCCGGCAAGCACAGCCAGUUCGACUCCCGUUACGCCGUUGACUCUUCUUCCACAUUCUAUCCCCCUACGGAACGUCCUGGUCUGGGGGAAGCGCGUGACUGAAGAGCGGGUCCGCAAUGGCGAGACGAAUGCAAAAGGCGCUAUGUUUCUCGCUUGCGCGCUGGCACGCAUCGACGCUUUCGUUUCUGGCAAUAACCCUGACGCUGCCGUGCUUUCGGCGGCGAAGAAGGCUGUCACCGAUACGGCGCAGCUUAUGCGCGAUGCCUACCGCGCAGAACAUGGGGCCGAUAUCGAGCUAGGCCCACAAGCAGGGCAAUUUGCUGGCCGGGAGCAUGGGAGAGGUGAGGGCGCGGACGAUGUCACGAGGACAGCGAGGGCUGAUGGGGGAGGGGCUGACGUUGCGAGCGGGACUUUCGAGGCGCAGGAGCAGUGGAGUGGAGGGGCAGAGGAUAUGGAUUGGGAGGCGCUCAUGGCGGAUGACAGCCUAGAUUUUGGGUGGGGGUUUGAGGGGAGCCCCGAGAGCUGGUUUGGCUGGGGAUGGGAGCGGGAUGCGCCGAUCGACACAUGAGGUUGAAGGUGAGGUGCUGCACAGCGGCGGAGUCUCGCCCCCCAAAACGGUACAUCCUUCAAGUAAGGUCGAAUCGGGAUUCAGCUUCUCGAGUGUCUUCAAAGAGCUAUUGGUUGUUGAGUUGGUAAGGAGAUCAGUGCAGGAGACCAGUGCAGGUUGUUUAUCACUCUACGAGGGAGAGAAAGCGGACGCAUUGUACGAUAUC